AUGGCCCGCAUCGCUGCUCUGAUCGUCGCCCUCUUCGCGAGCGCCUCCGCGCUCGCCCCCACGCGCCGCAACUUCCUCGGGAAGGUCGCGGGCGCCGUCACGGGCGCGUCCGUCGCCGCGCCGGCCCUCGCCGACACGGACUACGCGGGCCUGCCCUACCUCGGCGGCUCGAGCAAGAUCGACAUUAACAACGCGAACAUCCGCGUCUACGCCAAGCUCCCCGGCAUGUACCCGGGCGCCGCCGGCAAGAUCGCGUCGAACGGCCCGUACAAGAGCGUCUCGGACGUCUACAACAUCAAGGGCCUCAAGGACGCGGAGAAGGCCGCCAUCAAGAAGUACGAGAGCCGCUUCAUCACCCUCGAGCCGGCGCCCAUGUACGUCAUCGAUCGCAUGAACAACGGCCUCUACCGCUAA